UUCGCUUUCACCUUCUCCCUUUCUCUCUCACCACCUCAUGCUGCAUCCUAAAAACCAUCCCUCGAAUCCGUCGCGCUCACGCCCUCCCGCCCUUCAGAGCUGCUACGGCCCGAGUGUACCACAGUGUGUCCAAGAAAUGUGAUGGCGCGCCGCGACUAGCCAAGUGUCCAGGGGCUUCUACGAGGCAAUGACGCUGCAGAUGGAGCCGCCGGUGCCGCCGCCGCGGCGGUCCGUGUCGACGAGCUGCGACCUGCACCCGGAAGAGAUCUUCACCGGCUUCUGCGCGGCCUGCCUCCGCGAGCGCCUUGCGGGACUCGAGGCAUCCGCCGCCGCGGCCGCCACACCGGGCCGCAAGUCCACCUCCGCCAUCCGCUCCCUCUUCACCAGGCCGUUCGCCGCCGGAGGGGCCACGUCGGGCUCCGGCGCCGCGACGCUACCGGACCUCCGCCGCUGCAGGUCCUUCUCCUGCGGGCGCGGGGGCGACGCGCUGGCAGCUGCUGCCGGCGCGGACGAGCCGCAGCGGCGGUCCUGCGACGUGCGCGGGCGAAGCACGCUCUGGGCGCUGUUCCACCAGGACGACCGCGAGCGGGUCCGCGACGGCACGGCGUUCGGCGCCUUCCCGGCCUCAUCCUCUGCCGCGGCGGCCGCGCUCGCCGCCGAAGUCCAACCGCAUCCGCAGCCACCGCCUCCUCCGGUGUGCGUCCAUGAGGUGUUCUUGGAAGAGGAGAUCGCUUUGGCCGAGGAUUCCGACGAGAUUACUCCUGUGGUGGAGCCUGUCUUGGUGGUGGACACCUCUGGGGAGAUGGAGACUGAAGCGAAUGCGGCACGGGAGGUGAGGGCGAUGAAAGAUCACAUAGAUCUCGAGUCCUUUCAGUCCCAGCCAAAGAAGCUGCCGCCCAAGGACCUCAAGGAAAUCGCCGGGAGCUUCUGGCUCGCCGCCUCGGUGUUUAGCAAGAAGUGGCAGAAAUGGAGGCGGAAACAGAAGCUCAAGAAGCAGGAGGCCGCUGGCAGCGAGGCGGCGGCAGCGGCAAUGCCCCUACCGGAGAAGUCCUCCAAGCCCUCAUUCCUCCGGCGGAGUCGCUUCCACCGAGGCGAAACCGGCUCGGAGUUCGCCGGUGGCCGGCGUUCGUGCGACACUGACCCAAGAUUCUCCCUUGACGCCGGCCGCAUGUCCGUCGACGAUGUGGGCUUCUCCUGGGACGAGCCCCGCGCGUCGUGGGACGGCUACCUGUUCGGCGCCGGCACCGGCAUUGGCCCUGGCCGCGCGCCCCUGCCGCUCUCCCGCCUCCCGCCCAUCCUCUCCGCGCUCGAGGACUCUCCUGCCGGUAUCGUGGAGCGCUCCGACGGUCAAAUCCCCGUGGAGGAUGACUCCCAGCCCGAGCCCGACGCCGAUGCCAACAUCCCCGGCGGCUCGGCGCAGACGCGAGAUUACUACAUGGACUCGUCAAGCCGGAGGCGCCGGAGCCUGGACCGGUACAACUCCGUGCGCAGGUCCUUCGAAGUUACCGACCCAAAGCCAGUGGCCGUACCGGCUGCCGUUACCAAUGGCAAAGUUUCCCCCCUAGUCGGCAGCUCGGAGUUUUACCACUUCCACCACGCCGAAGACCUGCUCGACCAUCAUCGUUUCAGCACCAACUCUCUCGUCGAAGACUUCUCCGCCAGCCUGGACGCCACCUUCCAUGACCCCUCGAAGAAGCCGCGGCGGUGGCGCAAGGCGUGGAGCCUCUGGGGCCUCAUCCACCGCAGGGCCGCCGGGCGCACGAACGGCGCGUCCGACGUCACCGACCGCGCGUUCUCGGAGCCGUGGCCGGAGCUGCGCGUCCGCGGGUACAACGGCAGGAUGCAGAGGUGCAACAGCAACGCGAGCGCGCGCAGCUCGUUCAGCAGCAACAGCGGUGGCCUGGGCAGCUCGAGGCGCAGCUGCGUGGACGCCUACGGCAACGUCAAGCGGCGGCGAGAGGAAUGCGCGCUGGACCGCAACCGCAGCGCGCGGUACUCGCCGGGGCACGCCGACAACGGCAUGCUGCGGUUUUACCUCACGCCGAUGCGGAGCGCCAGCGGCCGGCAGACCGGUGUCUUGCCAGCCAAAGGCGGCCGGCAACUGAGGUCACAAUCGUUCGCGCGGACCAUGCUCGGGCUGUACUGACGACGGCGAGUUGCAGGUCAAGCUGUUCCUUUCUGUAGUCAAGUGCUUAGAUCUUCAGGAGUGUGGGCAAAUGGUAUAACCAUAAAUCUUUACAUCCUUGUGUAGUGCAGUGUUCUUUUUGUUCAUUUGGAGGUUGGAUAAAAUGAAGUUUAAUCUCAUAAAACUUUUGUGCUGUAGUUCUCUGACUCUAUCCCGCCACCCAUCGCUAGGACGGUGUAGCCGCUGUUUACCUUGCA